AUGAACCUGCACCAGGUGCUGACCGGCGCUGUGAACCCGGGCGACCACUGCUUCUCCGUGGGCAGCAUCGGCGAUCAGCGCUUCACGGCUUAUGCAUCUGGAUGUGACAUUGUAAUACUUGGAAGUGACUUUGAAAGAUUACAGAUAAUCCCAGGAGCUAAACAUGGAAAUAUCCAAGUGGGAUGUGUAGAUUGUUCAAUGCAACAAGGCAAGAUUGCAGCAUCCUAUGGAAAUGUUAUCUCUGUUUUUGAACCAGUUAACCUACCGAAGCAAAAGAAAAAUUUGGAAUUAUAUAGUCAGUGGCAGAAAAGUGGACAGUUUUUUUUGGAGUCAAUAGCACACAAUAUAACUUGGGAUCCCACAGGCAAUCGUCUUUUAACUGGUUCUAGCUGUUUGCAACUGUGGUCCAGUGCGAACUUGGGGAAACCAACUGAAGAUGAAAAUCCAGAUAAAGCAGAUCUUAACUUUGGGGAUUGGAGAUGCAUUUGGCAUUGCAAAACUGCUUCCCAAGUUUAUUUAAUGAAAUUUUCACCAGAUGGAGAAUUUUUUGCCACUGCUGGGAAGGAUGACUGUCUUUUAAAGGUGUGGUAUAAUGUAGAAAACUGGCGGACAACUGUUACUUCUCCUGAUAGAAGUUCAGAAAAACAAUCCCAAGGGGAACUUGACUUUUCUUUUGUUUAUCUGGCUCAUCCUCGAGCUGUAAAUGGAUUUUCCUGGCGAAAAACAAGCAAAUACAUGCCUAGGGCAUCUGUAUGUAACGUUCUGUUGACUUGCUGCAAAGAUAAUGUAUGCCGUCUUUGGGUAGAGACAUUUUUACCAAAUGAUUGUCUCCUAUAUGGAGGUGACUGCAACCAUUGGACCGAACCAAUUAAUUUAACAAAUAACUUCAAGAGAAAUGCCUCCAGUAAAGAACGAGUUCAGAAUGCUUUAGAUGUAAAUCUGAGACAUUUUCGUAGAGGUCGGAGGAGAUCACUUGCACUUGUAGCACAUACUGGUUACCUGCCACAUCAGCAGGACCCUCAUGAAGUCCACAGGAACACUCCCCUGCAUGCCAAUGCACUUUGCCACUUUCACAUUGCUGCCAGCAUCAACCCAGCCACAGACAUUCCACUUCUUCCUUCUAUUACAUCUCUAAGUCUAAGUGAAAAUGAAGAAAAGAGUGGACCCUUUGUGGUACACUGGCUAAACAAUAAAGAGCUGCAUUUUACUUUGUCCAUGGAAGUCUUUUUACAGCAACUUAGAAAAAGUUUUGAACAACCAUCUUCUGAGGCCAGUGUAGAAGACUCAAAUCAGGCAGAUAUAAAAUCCGAUGAAGAGAUGGAUAAUAGUGAUGACUUGAAAAUAAGUCAUGAAAAGAAGGAGCUGGGCAGUGAUAAAAUGGUACCAAACUCAGGUUUUGUGCCAUUGCCAUCAGCUGCCAUUGAUCAUCAGAUUGAAGUACUUCUGUCUGAAUGGAGUAAAAAUGCAGACAUGCUUUUCAGCAUUCAUCCCAUGGAUGGUUCUUUACUGGUUUGGCAUGUGGAUUGGCUGGAUGAAUACCAGCCUGGUAUGUUUCGUCAAGUACAGGUGUCCUUUGUUUCCAGAAUUCCUGUAGCUUUCCCCACAGGAGAUGCAAACUCUCUUUGUAAAAGCAUAGUGAUGUAUGCCUGUACCAAAAAUGUUGACUUGGCUAUUCAGCAAGGCAAACAAAAACCUUCUGGCCUCACACGUUCUACAUCAAUGCUUAUUUCUUCUGGUCAUAGUAAAUCAACUAACAGUUUAAAAUUAAGUAUUUUUACUCCUAAUGUUAUGAUGAUUUCAAAACACGCUGAUGGCUCUCUAAAUCAGUGGUUGGUCAGUUUUGCUGAGGAGUCCGCUUUUUCUACAGUUCUCAGUAUUUCGCACAAAUCCAGAUACUGUGGUCACCGUUUUCAUCUUAACGACUUAGCUUGCCACUCAGUAUUACCAUUAUUGUUGACAACAUCUCACCAUAAUGCAUUAAGGACACCAGAUGUGGAUAGCCAAAAGCAGCCUUAUGAUGCUGUAAAUAUUGAGGACUGCUCUUUGGUACAACAGAAUAAAAGCACCGUUGAUGUGGCAUUUCAGGAUCCCAAUGCAGUUUACAGUGAACUUAUUCUUUGGAGGGUUGAUCCAGUUGGGCCAUUGUCUUUUUCUGGAGGUGUUUCUGAGCUUGCCCGAAUUAAUUCACUUCAUGUGUCUGCAUUUUCCAACGUGGCUUGGCUACCCACACUUAUACCUAGUUAUUGUCUAGGGGCUUACUGCAACUCUCCUAGUGCAUGCUUUGUAGCAAGUGAUGGUCAUUAUCUGAGAUUAUAUGAAGCAGUUAUUGAUGCCAAGAAACUUCUCUGUGAACUUUCCAAUCCUGAUAUAUCUAAAUAUGUUGGUGAAGUGUUUAACAUCGUGAGUCAACAGUCAACAGCCAGACCAGGAUGUAUUAUUGCAUUAGAUCCCAUUACCAAACUUCAAGGCAGAAAAACACAGCUGCUUCAUGUUUUUCAAGAAGACUUCAUUUUGAACAACCUUGAGAGGAAAAGUCUGGGAAAAGAUAAAACAUCUGAUACAGGUAGCUCACCGAAUGGAUUUUCUGAAAAAUUCUACCUUAUUGUAAUAGAGUGUACUGAAGAUAACCGUUCAUUAUUACAAAUGUGGAAUUUACAUUUAAAGUCUGUUCCUGUUUCAUUGGAUGAAAAAGUGGAUACAAAAAUUUCUGGAGGAGCUUGGCAGCCAGAAGAACAUACUUCUUCUCCAGAAAAGAUCCUGUCUCCAUUUUCGCAUAAGUAUCAGGCUUGCAGAGCCAAUCUCCAGAGUACCAGCAAGUUGACUCUGUCCUCAGAAAUAGUUUAUAGCCAAGAGUUGGAUUUGCCAGAAGGAGUUGAGAUAAUAAGUGUUAAGCCAUCAGCAGGUCAUCUGAGUUCUUCUUCCAUAUAUCCCAUAUGCAGUGCUCCUUAUUUGUUGGUAACUUCAUGCUCAGAUGAAAAAGUAAGAUUCUGGAGAUGCAGAGUAACAAAUGGAGAUUCGACCAUGUUGAAGAAUGAGAAAAUGGAUCUCGUAUACAUUUGGGAAGAAUGGCCAUUACUUAUUGAAGAUGGACUUCAGAACAAUAGUAGUAUAGCUGUACCCGGCACACCUGUAGAAGUUAGCUGUGCACAUACAAAUCGGUUAGCAGUAGCAUAUAAGCAGCUUACAUCUAGUGGUAAAUCUUCUCAGGACUUUGUAAUGCAUGUAAGUAUUUUUGAAUGUGAGUCUACUGGAGGUUCUUGUUGGAUACUUGAACAGACAAUUCAUUUAGAUGAGUUAAAUACAGUAUUGGAUUCCGGUAUUAAUAUUGAUAGCAAUUUAGUGACUUACAAUAAACAAGAGGCAUAUUUAUCCAGUAAAGACAGUAUCACAUCAGAUACAAAACGUUUAGUUCACUUAGAUUGGAUGUCUAGAGAAGAUGGUUCUCAUAUCCUUACAAUAGGAAUUGGAUCAAAGCUUUUUAUGUAUGGACCUCUGGCUGGCAAGGCACCAGAACAGACUGGUAAGGAAGGACUUGCCUUUCCUCUCUGGGAGAGUACUAAAGUUAUGCCUCUUUCUAAGUUUAUAUUGUUACGAAGCAUGGACUUAGUUUCAUCUGUAGAAGGCUCUCCACCUCUUCCUGUGUCUUUAUCGUGGGUCCGGGAUGGCAUCCUUGUGGUAGGAAUGGAUUGUGAAAUGCAUGUAUAUUCCCAGUGGCAGCCGUCUUCUCAACAAGAACCUCUUACAACAGAUUCAUACAGUGGGAGCACUCCGUCAAUAAUAAGCUUAAUAAAACAGAGUAAUUCAUCAAGUUCUGGAUUACAUCCUCCCAAGAAAACUCUGACUCGAUCCAUGACCAGUCUUGCACAGAAAAUCUGUGGGAAGAAAACCGCAUUUGAUCCAUCUGUGGAUAUGGAAGAUUCUGGUCUUUUUGAAGCAGCUCAUGCACUUUCUCCAACUUUACCUCAGUACCAUCCUUUGCAACUUCUGGAACUCAUGGAUCUUGGCAAAGUUCGGCGAGCAAAAGCCAUCUUGUCACAUCUGGUCAAGUGCAUUGCUGGAGAAAUUGUGGCUCUGAAUGAAGCAGAAUCCAACCAUGAGCGCCGCUUGAGAUCCCUGACCAUCAGCGCUAGUGGCAGCACUACCAGAGACCCCCAGGCAUUCAACAAGAGUGAAAAUACAGACUACACAGAAAUAGAUUCUGUCCCGCCACUUCCUUUGUAUGCCUUACUUGCAGCAGAUGAUGACAGCUGUAAUCUUUACUCAUCUUUGGAAAAGUCUAGUAAUCAGGGUACCUUAAACAACUCGAACAAGUUGUCAAAGGAAAGUUACGAUGACCUUUUUCAAAUCUCAGCUUUAACGUCUGAUAGUGAUGUGUUAGAGAUAGAUGAAGAAAAUACAAAGCCCAAGGUUAUUGACCUUUCACAAUACAGUCCAACUUACUUUGGUCCAGAGCAUGCUCAGGUACUUUCUGGUCACUUACUUCAUUCUAGUUUACCAGGACUCAGCCGGAUGGAGCAGAUGUCUUUGAUGGCCUUAGCAGACACAAUUGCAACUACCAGCACUGACAUUGGAGAAAGCAGAGACAAAAGCCAAGGUGGAGAAACACUUGAUGAAUGUGGAUUAAAAUUUCUUCUGGCUGUUCGACUUCAUACUUUUCUUACAACUUCCCUUCCAGCUUACCGAGCCCAACUUCUUCACCAAGGUCUUUCUACUAGUCAUUUUGCCUGGGCCUUUCACUCGGUAGCAGAAGAAGAACUGCUAAACAUGUUGCCAGCGAUGCAAAAAGAUGAUCCUACUUGGUCUGAACUAAGAGCUAUGGGUGUGGGGUGGUGGGUCCGGAAUAACCGAAUUUUACGCAAAUGCAUGGAAAAGGUGGCCAAAGCAGCCUUUCAUAGAAAAAAUGACCCUUUAGAUGCUGCCAUUUUUUACCUUGCAAUGAAAAAGAAAGCUGUGAUUUGGGGAUUAUAUAGAUCCCAAAAAGAUGUAAAGAUGACACAGUUUUUUGGGCACAAUUUUGAUGAUGAGCGAUGGCGUAAAGCAGCUUUAAAAAAUGCUUUUUCUUUAUUAGGCAAACAGAGAUUUGAACAUUCUGCUGCCUUUUUUCUUUUAGCUGGUUGCCUCAGAGAUGCAAUUGAGGUAUGUCUUGAGAAACUGAAUGACAUUCAGCUGGCUUUUGUAAUAGCAAGACUUUAUGAAUCUGAAUUUGAUACAUCUGCAACAUAUAAAUCUAUUUUACGUAAAAAAGUUUUGGGAAUUGAUUCUCCUGUUGGUGAACUCAAUUCAUUGAAUCUAAAUAUGCAUUGUGAUCCUUUUCUUCGGAGUAUGGCAUAUUGGAUUUUGGAAGAUUAUAGUAGUGCACUGGAAACAUUAAUAAAACAACCUGUUAGAGAGGAUGAUGAUCAAGUCAUGACUUCAGUUUGUAAUCCUGCAGUUUUUAAUUUCUAUAAUUAUCUACGAACGCAUCCUCUCCUGCUGAGGCGUCAUUUUGGAUCAUCUGAUGUAUUUUCCACACACAUGACUUUAACAGGAAAAAGUGGGCUGGCAGGUACAAUUAACUUAAGUGAAAGGAGAUUAUUUUUUACUGCUGCCUGUGCCCACUUAAAAGCUGGCUGCCCCAUGUUGGCUUUAGAAGUAUUAUCAAAGAUGCCAAAAGUCAUCAAGAAAACAAAACCUUUUUGUAAAGCAUCUAGUGUUUUGAAUACCAGUCAAGAUCUUUCUCCUUCUUCACCAUUAAAAUUGGAUGCAAAGGAAGAUAAGUCUUCUGCUAUUGAUUGGUCACAAUCAGUAAUCAAUGGUUUUGGAUCUUCUUCAGAGGGUUCCUCAGAGAAACAGUCAAACUCCACUCUUUCUUUUGACUGGAGCCAACCAAGUGUUGUAUUUCAAGAUGACUCUUUAGAAUUAAAGUGGGACAGUGAUGAUGAUGAAAAUGAGGAUCUCCCUGUUUCAAGGAAAGAACUAAAACUUGCACAAAGAAAAAUAAGUAAAACUGUAGAAGAAAUGAGUUCUAAUUAUACAGAAUCUCUCAGCACACUAGAUGAAAGUGACAUUUUAAGUCCAUCAGAAGAUAUAAUUGCUGUUCAAUUAAAAUUUAGAGCAUGUUUAAAGAUUCUCACAGUAGAACUUCGUACUUUAUCUACUGGCUAUGAAAUAGAUGGUGGAAAAUUGCGUUACCAACUAUAUCACUGGCUUGAAAAAGAAGUGAUAGCUCUUCAGAGGACUUGUGACUAUUGUUCAGAUGCUGAAGAAUUGCAGUCUGCAUUGGGUGAAAAUGGAAAUGAAUUUGGAUUAAAUGAAGAUGUUGGAGAUUUACCUCACCAAACAAAAGUGAAACAACUGAAAGAAAGUUUUCAGGAAAAACGACAAUGGCUUUUAAAAUACCAGUCACUUUUAAGAAUGUUUCUAAGCUACUGCGUACUUCAUGGAUCCCAUGGUGGGGGUCUUGCAUCUGUGAGAAUGGAAUUGAUUCUGCUUUUACAAGAAUCUCAGCAGGAAACAUCAGAGCCAGUAUUUCCAAGCCCUCUGUCCGAGCAAACCUCCGUACCCCUCCUUUUUGCUUGUACAGCCAGUGCCAAAACAGUAGUUGCCAAUCCGUUAUUGCACCUUAGUAAUCUAACACAUGAUAUUCUACAUGCCAUAAUAAACUUUGAUUCGCCACCCCAUCCUGAUAUCCAGAGCAGUAAAGUAUAUGUAAUGCAUACUUUAGCAGCUUCACUUUCUGCUUGUAUUUAUCAGUGCCUUUGUGGUAGUCAUAACUACAGUUCACUUCACACAAAUCAGUUUACUGGAAUGGUAUAUCAGACAGUGCUUCUUCCCCAUCGACAUUCUUUGAAAACCGGAAGCCUAGAUGAGGCAGUAACUCCCAGCACAUCACCAGCUCAAUGGCCAGGAAUAACUUCUCUAAUGCGACUUUUGAACUCUUCUGGAGAGGAAGCCCAGUCAGGGCUUACAGUUUUGCUCUGUGAGAUUCUCACAGCAGUGUAUCUUAGUCUCUUUAUCCACGGCUUGGCGACACAUUCAAGUAAUGAAUUAUUUCGAAUUGUGGCCCAUCCUCUAAAUGAAAAAAUGUGGUCUGCUGUAUUUGGUGGAGGUGCACAUCUUCCUAGCAAAGAACAGACACACUCAAAAGCUUUACACGUUUCUUCACUAGUGGAAGAAGGAGAGAAACAGAAUAAACGUUUUAGGACAUCAAAAAUGUCUUCCAGAGAAUCUGCCCCACAGACUUCUGCCUCACCACCAGUAAACCAGGACUCGCUGAAAGUGAAAGAAAAAUUCAUCCCACCUGAGCUUAGUAUCUGGGACUAUUUCAUAGCCAAGCCUUUUCUACCCCCUUCCCAAAGUAGAGCAGAGUAUGAUUCAGAGGAGAGUCUGGAAAGUGAUGACGAUAAUGAUGAUGUUUUAUCUUCAGAUUUCCAUCUCCAAGAGCAUUCUAAUUCAAAUUCAUAUAGUUGGUCAUUGAUGCGGUUAGCAAUGGUGCAGUUGGUGCUCAACAAUUUGAAGACUUUCUAUCCAUUUGCAGGCCAUGACCUUGCAGAGCUUCCAGUUAGUUCACCACUCUGUCAUGCAGUUCUAAAAACUCUUCAGUGUUGGGAACAAGUUCUUGUCCGAAGACUUGAAAUCCAUGGUGGGCCACCUCAAAACUACAUUGCAAGUCAUACUUCUGAAGAGAAUUUGUCUGCAGGCCCUGCACUUCUCCGCCACAAAGCUUUGCUAGAACCUACAAACACUCCUUUCAAAUCCAAGCACCAUGUUGCAUUGUCUGUGAAGAGACUGUGGCAGUACUUGGUGAAGCAGGAGGAAAUUCAGGAAACCUUUAUCAGAAAUAUAUUCACAAAGAAAAGGUGUCUGAAUGAGUCAUUAGGGGACAACUGUGAAACUAUCAAAAAUGCUAUGCUGGAGGAGCCAAACAUCAAUAAGAUAGAAGCAGAUUUGGGAUAUCCUGGAGGUAAAGCAAGAAUUAUUCACAAAGAAUCUGAUAUCAUUACUGCCUUUGCUGUUAAUAGAGCAAAUAGAAACUGCAUAGCAAUUGCUUCUAGCCAUGACGUUCAAGAACUGGAUGUUUCUGGAAUUCUGGCUACACAGAUCUAUACCUGGGUAGAGGAUGAUGCAGAAAUGGAAACCAAAGGUUCAGAAGAUUUCUUGAUUAUACAUGCUCGUGAUGAUUUAACAGCUGUUCAGGGUACAACCCCAUAUACUCACAGCAACCCUGGUACUCCAAUUAACAUGCCUUGGCUUGGUAGCACACAGACUGGCAGAGGAGCAGCUGUGAUGAUUAAGAAAGCCAUUAAUAAUGUCAGAAGAAUGACUUCUCAUCCAACUCUUCCUUACUAUCUGACAGGAGCUCAAGAUGGAAGUGUCAGAAUGUUUGAAUGGGGCCAUUCUCAACAAAUAACCUGUUUUCGAUCUGGUGGCAAUUCAAGAGUUACGAGAAUGAGAUUUAACUAUCAGGGAAAUAAGUUUGGAAUAGUUGAUGCUGAUGGAUAUUUAAGUUUGUAUCAAACAAAUUGGAAAUGCUGUCCAGUCACCGGAAGCAUGCCUAAGCCAUACCUGACUUGGCAGUGUCAUAACAAAACAGCCAAUGACUUUGUCUUCGUUAGUUCCUCAUCUCUGAUAGCAACAGCUGGCCUUUCAACUGAUAAUAGAAAUGUAUGUUUGUGGGAUACUCUGGUAGCGCCUGCCAAUAGUUUAGUCCAUGCUUUUAUCUGCCAUGACAGUGGUGCCACCGUUUUAGCAUAUGCUCCAAAACAUCAGCUGCUAAUAUCAGGUGGCAGAAAAGGCUUUACAUGCAUAUUUGACCUCCGGCAACGACAACAGAGGCAACUUUUCCAGAGCCAUGAUUCUCCUGUGAAAGCCAUUGCUAUUGAUCCAACUGAAGAGUACUUUGUAACAGGAUCUGCUGAAGGCAACAUAAAGAUUUGGAGUCUCUCUACAUUUAGUCUUCUCCACACUUUUAUCAAUGAACAUGCUCGGCAAUCCAUUUUCAGAAAUAUUGGAACAGGAGUGAUGCAAAUUGAGACAGGGCCAGCAAACCACAUUUUUUCAUGCGGAGCUGAUGGAACAAUGAAAAUGAGAAUACUGCCUGACCAGUUUAGCCCAUUAAAUGAAGUGUUGAAAAAUGAUGUGAAAUUUAUGCUAUAACAUUUUUGACAAUAAGGUGUAUAAUUUCUUACCUGUUCCAUGGAAUUGACCAACACAUAUAAUGUACAGUGCUCACUCUUUAUGCCACAAAUAAGCUAAUGCUUUCUUGUUUUCAUAUUUAUUUUAUGGAGCUUUGCCCUUGAUGCACUGAUGCCUUAAAAAAUAACAAGGUCAUUCAGAAUUAGACUAUAUUGCCUAAAGUAGAAUGUAUAAGUAGUACUAUAAUAAUAGGUAUUUAUAAUAUGCUAUAGUGAGUAUUUAUAGUGUUAAAGGAAUUUGUUUUCAUUGAUAAACUCUCUGCAGAUAUCUCUGCAUGAAUUUCUUUCACAGCAAAAACACCCUUUAUGUAAAGGCAGUUGAACAUCAGAUAUCUUAAUUCACCAUGCUCUCAUUUCUUUUAUCAAACUGAUAUAUCUCAAACUGUUCUCCUAAAUAAUAAUAGGUCAGUAUUUGAGUAACAGUUAAAAAAUAAGAACAUCUGUCCUCAGGACGUAAGUGAUUAAUAAGCUAACUGGCUUACUAAAUGAAAUUUUUGUUAGUUUCCCUUCUGGAAUCCAAGUUGAGUGUAUGUAUACAUGUGUGGUUGUGUGUAUAUAUGUAAUAUAUCUUACAUAUUUUAUUUGAACAUAGUUUGUGUGUAUAUGUAUGUUUUGUGCCAUAACGACUACUGCCACCAGAAUAGCAACCUUUUUGCAAAUGUUUAUUUUCUAUUUCCAAUAUUGAUUUUCAAAUAAACUUCGAGAGAGUUCUGUAAUUAUACUUUUAAUGAUUAUAUUAAGUCAGAAGAAUCUUAGGCAAUAAUGAUUCUGUGCUGUUAUAAUUGAGUGACUUAAAAACAAGUUUAUGAAUUUGUGAAAGGAAUUUUCAGCACCAAACAAAUUAUCUUAAUUCAUUUUUAUUUCUAUUUCUUAGGUGCUUUUAGUCUCAAAGUUCUGAAAAUGUUAUAGCAGUGUUUUUAAAAACAAAUGUGAAAACAGUCAAAGUAAACAAAUAGUAUUUACAAUUGUAAAAUACCCACCAGAUCUACCUAUAAGAGAAAGUAAACUAAAACUUAUAUUUUAUUAUUUUUGCCAAAUAUAUUAUUUUAUUAUAAAAUAAGACCAAAAUAUUAAAAAUGCACAAUACUUUUAACUUUAAUGUACUAAAACCCUGUUUCUGUGUUUCAUGCUCUACCUUUUCUGAUUCAGAAUUGUAGAAAACUUGGUAAAUACUUGACUUUAUUAACCAAUGAGACUGGAGGCAGAUGAGACUAAGUAUUAAAUGGAAUUACAGACUAUUUAGCUUAAAUAUAUUUUGUUAAUAGCGACUAUAAGAACAUUUUUAUGUAACAAAAUAUGGACAGCUACUCUCUUGGAAACUAAAGAGUCAAAUAAAGCAAAGAAAUGAAGGGCUGGUAAAUGAAUUUUGUAAUAUCCUCAGGAUACUUUUAUCUUAAAAGUAUAUUGUUAAAGAUUUUGUAAAUUGUAUUCAUAAUUUUAAAUGUGUCGAGCAAAUUGCAGUGAAAACACUGUCAUUAUGUAGAGAGUUUAUGUGCACAUAAUAACCUGUACCUAUAUAUUGUGCAAUAACAAUAUGUGACUAUUUUGCCAUGGAGAAAUCUGUGGCAGCAUUGCAAACAAUACUGUUGUUUUAUGUAAUUAAGCUUAAGUUAUUUUUAGUAAUUUCUUCACAAAUCAAGAUUCAAAAGGCUUUAAACACUUUCAAUGAGGAAAUUUAUUAUGCUUAUUAGAAAAAAGGCAUUGUGGAUAAACAAGAAUUUUAAUUGAGGGUUUUUAUGAAUAAUAAAUUAUGUACACCCAUAUGUAUUUACAUCAGAGUCAUAAUAUUUUAAAUAAACAAUUAUGCAGUGAAUUUUUAGCUAUUGUUUUAAGUAAUAUUUAUGCCAUGUUAACUGACUUAAAAAAUAUGUGACACUUUAAGAUGGAGAAUUUCCGUAUUUGUAUUUGGUCAAUGUAAGAAGAACUGAGUAAUUUUAACAAAUAUCCUGUUCUUUCUAUCUUUUUUACUUAAUAGGUAAGCAUCAGUCAAAAACAGUAAGAAUAAGAGUCAUAUAAAAUAAUAUACAUAUAUGUAAAAUUGCAUCUAAAUUAUUGAACUGGGUAUGUCAAGAUAUAUUUUUUAACAUCUGCAUUUCUGAGAAUGUGGCUUGAUAAUGAAAAAAGAAUUUACAGCAUUACAAGUCUCAUUUUCUGAAAUGUAGGACUUAAGCUUUAUUCUUCUUUCUUGCCCUAUGGUUGUUUUACACAAAUUGAUUAUUUUCCUUUAUUUAAAAAAUUACUUAUAAAAACAUUGUGGAGAUUUCUCACUUUGGUUUCAACAAUCAAAAUGCAAUACCAGAGAAAAUGCAUAUUUAGCGUUAGGGUGGGUUUGGAUUGGAAACCCAGACCGAUGUAUUUUACUACAUAAAAAUUUAAAUAUCAUGACAGUGAUAUUUAAAUAUCAGUGGCAGGAGGCCACUGUCAAAAUUGAAAGAAUAGGUAAACUAGAACAAAUAUCUGUAUAGUAAUAGGGAAUAAGUAUUAAUAAUUCUACAUACAAAGAAAACUUUAAAAUGAUAGAUUAUUGGAGAAAUCAGUAAACAAUAGGCAAUAUGAAUGAGACAUUGAAAAAGUUAGAAAUCAUAGAAAGGGCAUUCUCAAUAAUGAUUGAAGGAAUUCUAAAAAAAAAUUUGACACUAGUUUUUAUCUCUCAGAUUGGCAUAGUUUUCAUCUCUCAGAUGUUGUCAAACCAGUGACAACAUCAAUCUUGGUGCAAGGAAACAAGCACAAUGAAACCCCUCUGGUAAAACAAAUAACAAAGUUACCUAGAUAAAAAUAUAACGUACUUUCUCUGAGCAGUCUUAGAGAAAUUUUUCUAUAAAUAUAAAAUCACCCAUGCACAAAAAUAUGUGUACACAGAUACCUACUGUUGCAAACAAAUUGCAAGUCCAGUGUUUAGUGGGAAGUAAGUGUUUGAAUAAAUUGUGGUACAUCCAUACAAUGGAACAUUCUUUGAACCCUAAAAAAAUUAAUACAUUUGAACCCUCUCAAUUGAAAAGUUGGUGAGAAAAUAUGCAAAGGUAUUCCCUGUUUUUAAAAAGCUUUUACAAAUACUUAUGAUUAGUAUCUGUUGUCACUUAUUGAAAGAAUUAUAAAGAUUUUUAUUUCUGUGAGAAAGGGAAAUAGUGGUCAAAGUGUGUCUAGCAGUAAUAACAACAUCAAGAAGUAGCAGGAUGACACCACCAAGUUCUUUCUGAACUACUUUAUACAGCCUGUAUAGCAUAUCAUUCCUGCUUUUAAUGUGAGUGUUAUUUUAGAUUGUGUUUCUUGAUAUGGUUUUGUAGAUUAUAUUUUGGAUCUGAUAAUGCUCAAAAUUUUUUUUGAGUUAUAUAUAAGUUAAUUGUAAUUGCUUCACUAUACCCAUAGGAAAGUUUUUCACUUAUGAAAGUUUCCAUAGAACUUUCUACUUUUAGAUAGCAGGGGGAUUCCUGUAUCUCAUAUUGUUUUUGUUUUUUAAGCCCUCACCUGCACUGAUUCUUUGUGGAAGAAUAUACAGAAAAAUUUAACAUGGGGAAAGGGGAGAAAGAGGUAAUAUUUUUCCAAAUUCCUAAAACCCCAUUCAGUAAUGUAAUACCAAAGAUUGUGUGUGCACGUGUGAGAGAGAAGAGAGUAAGAAAGAGUACCUAUGCACGUUCAAAAGAGAGAUAAAAACUAUUUUUAUACCAAAUACAACUGAAUGACUUUGGGAGCAAUUCUCUGUUGAGUCAUGUGGUCUGUGUCAAGAAUACUGUUUGAAUUAUUGAGAUAAUUUUGAUACCUGAUUGUAUUUAAGAAGAAAGGUUA